AUGCCUCGAAUAUCCAGCAAGCUUGUUCGACAGGCUCGCGCUAUAUCGCCUCGCCUUGCGCCUCUCUUACGAGCCACGGGAUCAUUGGAGCGUGCCCAUAGUGAACUUAAGUGGAUCGAAAACGAACUUCCACGCCACAAGUGGACGAACGCUGUGAACAGAAGAGCAUGCCUUGAGCCGCUUCAAUACAUCUUGGGAAGUCAGCCGUUUGGUCUGUUGGAUAUUCUCUGUGGCCGAGGAGUUUUGAUUCCACGCUGGGAAACUGAGGAAUGGGCCACAGCUGUAGCUUCUAUCAUCAAGGAAUUCGAGUCUCCGAGAAUAUUAGAUGCUUGCACAGGCACAGGUUGCAUUCCGCUUCUUCUCAAGCACGAACUACCGCACGCGAAGGUCCAAGCAUUCGACUUUUCAGAAGAUGCACUUCGUUUGGCAGGUCUUAACAAAGAGAAAUUUGAUAUCGAUGUGUCUUUUCAUUAUGGCGAUGUAUUUGACUCAAAUAUGAAGUUUGACCAUCCCUUUGAUCUCGUCACCGCUAAUCCACCCUACAUUCCAAUAAACGACUACGAGCGGCCUAUGCUUCUAAGUGGUCCAGAAAAAUCUGUGCGACUAUACGAACCUCGACUGGCUUUGGUAGGCCACCUCGAGUUUUAUCAUGCCUUAGUUGACAAUAUAGUACGCGCGCUGCAGUGUAGCGGAAUCAUUUUUGAGUUAGGCUAUGAAGAACAAGCUCAAGCAACCGCUGAAAAGUUAGGUACGGCCUGGUUGUGUGGGCGAUAUAACGACUCUGCUGGGCGCUUGCGAUGCGUGGUGGGAUGGAAGAAAGGCACACCUAUGCAGACUCUAGCGAACCUUGUAAACGGAGGAACCCUCUAA